AGCCCCACCUCGUAAACAGUAAACAGGAAGUGGUUACAGGUGUGUGGGGGGGUGGAGUCACGUCUGCACAGAAACCUGCUGCUCCCGGAAAAAGUUUCUGUGUCGUCUCGUCUGUUGUCACACAGGUUCACCUCGGAAUUGAGCCUUUAGGCGCGCCACUGAAGAAGAGGAGCGGCAGGAGGAGGAGGAGAAGUUCAGAAGUCUGACGUCGUUCUUAUUUGGUCCGUGAUGGAUUACAUGAGCAGCGGGAUGCGGUACAUCCCAUCGGACAAAGAAUGGGAUAACGAUGUCCAGUUCCUGCCAGCAGCAGACAGCAAUAAGCUUGAGAAGAAAAGGCGUCCAGGGAAAUUUGGGGCUGUGAUCGCUGUGGUGGUCCUUGCCGUUGUUAUAGCUCUUGUGAUCGGAGUGCUGGUCUGGCAUUUCCACUUCCGGAAAGAUAUGCGGGUCAAGAGGAUGUACAGCGGCUCCAUGCGCAUCACCAACCGGGCGUUUGAUGACGUCUACGAGAACUCCACCAGUCCCGAGUUCAAGGCACUGGCAAAGCAGGUGAUUUCACAGCUUAAAAUCAUCUAUUCCAAUAGUUCUCAGCUGUCAAAAUACUACCGUGAUUCUACCAUUCAGGCUUUCAGUGAGGGCAGCAUUAUUGCCUACUACCUGUCUGAGUUCAGCGUCCCCGUGGGCCAAGAAGCAGCUGUCGACAAUGCGAUGUCCUCAGUGGAGACACUGGUGAAAAAACAGCGCGCUCUGCAAAGCUCUGGUGAUGGUUUAACCCUUGAUGAUGUGGUCACUUCAGCCCUGGAUGAUCGCAUGAGUUCACCAUCAUUUCGCAGAAACCUGCACUUUUCAGAGCAUACCAAGGCCAAUUUAAUAAGACACAUCCAGUCACCUGGUUUCCCCAACAAGCCGUAUCCCCGCAACAGCUUAAUCAAGUGGCAGCUGAGAGCCGACCCCGGCCACGUGCUCAAGCUUGACUUUGGUACGUUUGAUCUGGAAUCGAGCUGCAAGAGUGACUUCGUCAAAAUCUACGACUCCCUGGUGCCCAUUGAGAGCCUACUUAUGGUAGAGCUGUGUGGGAAACAUUUACCCAAUAACCGACUGGGCUUUCUGUCCUCUGGCAACGUCAUGCUGGUGACGAUGGCCACUCACAACAGCUCCUUCCCCGGUUUCAGAGCAGCAGUGUCUCAAAUUAAACAAGGAAGUAAAGCUAUAACAUGUGGUGGGAAGAUGACAAGUGAAAAAGGCAGCUUCACUUCUCCCAAUUUCCCAAAUUACUACCCUCCCAAAACGACGUGCGAUUGGUCAAUUGAGGUCCCUGCAGGUAAAGGAGUGAAGCUGACAUUCACAAAGUUCCUCCUGGCUGAGCCGGGGAAUGAAAACAUGGACUGCAACAAAGACUACGUGAUGGUCAACGGAAAGAAAUUGUGUGGAGAUAAGCUCGACAAGUCACAACAGACAGAGACCAGCAACACCAACUCGAUGACUGUGGUGUUUUCUUCUGAUAAGUCUCGUGUGGACCGAGGCUUCUCUGCAGAGUACGAGGCCAUUGAUGUCCAGAAUCCCUGUCCGCAGAAGUUCCAGUGCAGGAACAGUAACUGCAUUAAAUCGGAGCUAAGAUGUGAUGGCUGGAAUGACUGUGGAGACAUGAGUGAUGAGCAGGACUGCAACUGCAGCGCGGACAUCAUCGGCUGUAAAAAUGGGCUGUGUAAGCCCAUGUUCUGGAAAUGUGAUGGCAUCGACGACUGUGGAGACAACACAGAUGAGCUGAACUGUGGGUGUAAAUCUGCAGAAGUUACCUGUAAGAAUGGCAAAUGUGUUUCUGAGAAGAUGCGCUGUGACGGCAGUGAUGACUGUGGGGACGGAUCAGAUGAAGUCAACUGUGCAAGAGACACCAUCUGCACAGAUCUUACGUACAAAUGUAAAAACAAUAAAUGCAUCAGUAAAGUGAAUCCCGAAUGUGACGGGGUGAAGGACUGUGAAGAUAACUCUGAUGAGGAGAACUGCGACUGUGGGAAGCGCGCGGGGAAGGCCUCGCGUAUUGUAGGCGGCCAGGAUGCAGAAGUAGGGGAGUUUCCUUGGCAGAUCAGCCUCCAUGUCAAAAAGCACAGUCACGUAUGCGGCGCCUCCCUCAUCAGUCCAAACUGGCUGGUCACUGCUGCCCACUGUGUGCAAGAUGAGGGCUCUCUAAAACUCUCCCAGGCCGGCGCUUGGGAAAUUUACCUCGGCCUUCACAGGCAGAACCAGUUAGGAAGCCCUGCCGAGAAGAGGAACCUAAAGCAGAUCAUCCCUCACCCCAACUACAACUCAUUCACUUUUGACAAUGACAUUGCCCUGAUGCAGCUGGACAGUCCUGUCAGCUACACUGACUACAUAAGGCCCAUCUGCUUGCCUUCUCCCCAACACGACUUUCCGGUUGGCGAGGGUGUGACGAUCACUGGGUGGGGAGCCACUCGAGAAGGAGGAUCUGCUGCAACCGUGCUGCAAAAGGCUUCGGUCCGGAUCAUAAACCAGACAGUGUGUAACAACUUGAUGGGGGGGCAGCUCACCUCUCGGAUGUUUUGUGCCGGUGUUCUGAGCGGUGGAGUCGAUGCUUGUCAGGGAGACUCUGGAGGGCCUCUGAGCAGUCCUUCGGGCUCUCGUGCCUUCCUGGCCGGAGUGGUCAGUUGGGGUGACGGCUGCGCGCGCAGAAACAAACCAGGCAUCUACACGAGAGUCACCAAAUUCCGUGCCUGGAUCAAGGAAAAUACAGGAGUGUAGUUCACGUGCUGGAAUGAGGCCAGCGGCACGGACAGAAGCGAGGCGCGAGGAGGAGCGCUGCAGCGUGGAUUGUUGCUUCAAACUCUGCUGUGACGGUCCACGAGGUGGCUUUAACUCCCAGUUGUAGCUGAAGUGAAAAACAUACUUUUAAGAGCAGUUACAACAAAAUUUAGAUCCACUGUGAUUCUGUGAGAAUGGGAUUAUGAAAUGUUUUUGAAUGUAAAUACGUGUUUUAUUUUUGUGCAUUUUUAUCAUGUUUGAAUGGAGGAUAAUGUUAUUUGCUGUACAAUAGAUUCCAGGUGUGAUUGUUACACGGGUACAUGCUUUAAGAAUUUCCCAACACAGUUUUUAGUUUUUGUAUUUUUCCCUGCUGAGUCUUAGAUUGAAAGUGGCAUCGAGCUCCUUCCAUCGUACCUCCCGUGGAUCGGCAUCGUCUCUCAAACAUGUUUUCUCCCUUUCUGCCACCGAUGCCGUUUCAUUUGAACAGAAUUGCUUUUCUCUGAGCACAAAAUGGUAAAUCUCUGGUUCGUUUAGAAUUUUCUGUCCCACUGAAGUUAAUGUGACCUCGCUUCAAUCCAUCCACCCAUCUACCACAAUAUUAAGUCAGCACAGUUAAAUUGUCUUUAAAUAUUUGUAAAUGUGUAUUUUACUGCAAAUAUUUUUUAAAUAAAAUAUUUCUAAUCUA